AUGACAAGGCCAAACAUUGCCUUUGUUGUUCAAGUACUGAGCCAACACAUGCAUGCUCCUAAGAAGUCACAUACGGAAGCAGUUGUACGAGUGGUCAAGUAUGUCAAGGGAACUGUAGGAUUGGGACUGUUUAUGCCAGCAAAAGGUAACAAGGAACUGGUUGCCUACUGUGAUUCAGAUUGGGGAUCAUGUGUGGAAACAAGGAAGUCUAUUACUGGUUAUGUAGUUAAGUUUGGUGAAGCUUUAAUUCCUUGGAAGUCCAAGAAGCAAAGCACAGUUUCUAGGAGCUUUGCUGAAUCAGAAUUCAAGAGCAUGGCAGCUACUGUUGUUGAAGUCACUUGGUUAGUUGGUUUGUUUGGAGAGUUAGGAGUUGCAAUGAACACUCCUGUGCAGUUGUUCUGUGAUAGCAAAGCUGCUAUACAGAUUGCAGCACACCCCAUAUUUCAUGAAAGGACAAAACACUUUAACAGUGAUUGUCAUUUUGUAAGGGAGAAAAUUCAGGGUAGUCAAAUUCAGACUCCACAUAUCGGGACUAAGGAACAGCCUGCUGAUUUGCUUACCAAGAGUCUAUGCAAACCACAACAUGAGUAUUUGAUUAGCAAGCUGGGAAUGAAAAACCUCUUUCAUCCCUCAACUUGUUGA